CAGUGAUAGCUCAUUUGAACGCCAGGACCAGGUAAGUUGACUUUCGGUUAUGGAUGAUGACAUCAACCUUAGUGGCGAGCAUUAAUGUUAAUUUUCUCCGGUGAAUGCUUAAGUUAUAUAGACUCAAACUUGGUCUGCAACAUCUACGCGCUCCCCAGUAUACUGCUGUUGCCAUGGAUAGCCGAUUUGAGCAUUUGGUGUAGAAGGUACAGCAAGAUGAAUGCCAUUUGUUUUUAUGACAUAAAUACGCAACUAGGCUAUAAGAUUCUGUACUUUAUGCUCGCAUACAACAAAUGAAUUCAAAAUACCGGCUAAAGAUGCUCGUUCAUAAAAAAAUUAAAGCACCCAUCCUUAAAACCAUAUCCGCUAUGAAGA